GAGCGGAAGCGGAAGCGGAAGCGGGAGCGGUAUGGCAGCGGCGGCGGCGGCGGCUCGGGCCGCUGUGGGGGCCCUGGUUCGGAGGCGCCUCUUCCCCGCUGCCGGCGGCCUCCGCUUCCCGGCAUCCCCCGGGGCAGCGGCGGGACUAGGGGCGAACCCAGGAACGGUUCAUCUUUGGCCUGCUUUUCAAAGUCACAGUUCUCAGAGCACUUCUGCUCAGGAAAGGGUCCUCCCUAAGAUGUCAUUGACUUCACCGCCAUGGCCUAAAGUCGUACUGCCAGAUCCCAAGCAAGAGACCAGGCAUCACCAAGAGGUUCUCCAGAGGGUGAACGAACUGAUCGCCACCAGACAGCACGGCCGGCUCUUCGCGGUGGUCCACUUUGCCAGCCGGCAGUGGAAGGUGACCGACGGGGACCUGAUUCUGAUUGAGAACACCUUGGAGGCCAGAUGCGGAGAAAGGAUUCGAAUGGAGAAGGUCCUGCUGGUCGGGGCUGAUGACUUCACGUUGAUUGGAAAGCCGCUCCUUGGACUGGAUCUUGUCCGCGUAGAAGCCACAGUUAUUGAAAAGACUGAGUCGUGGCCAAGAGUCUAUAUGAAGUUUAAGAAAAGGAAAAAUUUCAGAAAAAAGAAAAUUUUUAUAAGACCACAGACCAUCCUUCGCAUAAACACUGUAGAGAUUGCUCCAAGUUUGUCAUGAUUGUUUGGCUGAAAUUUACCUAAAUAUGAAAAUAAACUGUGGGUUGUUUUUUUUUUUAAUGAGG